CUAUUCAUUCCCAAAAGAGGGCCUCCCCCGCUCUCUCUCUCCACCUCUCUCUCUCUCUCUCUCUAACCUUUUCCCUGUAGUAUUAUAUACCAUGUAGGUUAGAAGAAUCAGAAUAAUUCUCCAGCAUCUACAUAAUCAUAGAUAUACAACAUAUACAAUUUCUUCAUUUUUUCAGGCAGCGUAGAAAUUAAGCUAGAUCACUAGAACAUAUUUUUCAAUUCUAUCACCAUAACUUCAGUCAUCAUCAUGGACGGUCAUGAUCAGCUACUCUCCGACGAUCUUACCGAUUUAUCCACCCUGCAACAUCACCAUCAGGUACUUCUUCUUCCGGCGGAAUUGCGGAGGGAAGAGGAAAAUAUUGAAAAGAAAUGUGGGAAUCAUGGUGGGGUGUGCGCAAUAUGCUUGGAUGAGAUUGUGCUUCAAGAAACUGCUAUGGUAAAAGGUUGCGAGCAUGCCUACUGUGCAACCUGUAUUCUUCGUUGGGUGACAUACAGCCAAAAACCCACCUGCCCUCAGUGUAAACAUCCUUUUGAAUUCCUGAACGUCCAUCGUUCCCUUGAUGGCAGCAUACAAGAUUACAUGUUCGAGGAGAGUGUGUGCCUACUCCUUAGAGCCAAAUGGUUUGAGCCGUUAGUUGUGGAGGAGCGUGAAGAGGUGUAUGAAGGCCAUGAAGAUUAUUAUUAUUAUCCCUACGAGGAUGAAGAUGAGGAUGAUCUAGAUGACGCUUACUUCAGCAGUUCAUCGGUUAUCCGGAUUGGUAAUCGAAGAUGGGGUGAUAAUGGAUAUGUGAGGAGUGGGCGUCAAGAAGCAAGGCCUGUUCACAGAUCAAGUACCCAGGAUUCGGGUGCUAGUUCAUCUCGUGAGCCUAGGAAGAAAGAGGCUGCAAUGGAUAAGACCGGGAGGCGUGCAAAGCGGGCACUCAAACGGGAAGCGGCUGAUAAGGCAGCUGCAGCAAAACAUCAGCAGCAUUUGGCAAGGUUGGGCCGGAAGUAAUUUCAUUUAUGCAAUUGCAUUAUAUUGCAGAUCUUAAACCCCUCACCCCCAUCUCAUGUACAUUACUCCCCUGACCUUUUUCUUUUGGGUUACGACUCUUUUCCGUCGACCGUGUUAAAUAAUGUACCAUCAAAGGGAAGAAAAAAGGGAAAAAAAAAAAGAAAAAAAAAACACCACCAGAGGACGCUGGGAAAUAAUGACUGGCUUCUCGGUUUGUAUCUUUAGAAAUUCUUCAGAUUACAUUUACCGGAAAAAAAAAAAAAAUUUCACAUAUGUACAUUCUCAAUUCUUCAUGGCAUAAACUAAACGCAGUGGCGUUUUUUGGAUUUAUACAGCCAACCUAGUUUAGUGGGAUAAGGUUUUAUUA